AUGCAGCCUCCGAGUAUACUGUCGUUGGUCGUGUUCUUCACGUUCAUCUUGGGUAUUGACUCGUCUCCGGUGUUGCAUGAGCGAGCUACUUCGAAAUGUACGCCAGAAGACAUCGCGACCGUACGCCGUACAGUCAAAGAUGAGGCAUACUUCUGCAAUUGGUGGCUCUCUGAAACCCGCACACAAUCUCCGUUCGUGGAGUUCAGUCCUUUACAGGUGACCGACCUUUGCCGAUGCAUCUCGCCAGCAAAGACUACGACGAAGAAUAAGCGUGCAGAAACGACCGAGGCCACUGUCGAAGCUCGUCUUGAGAGAAGACAAACCAUGGCAACCUGCAGAGCCGAACUAAGCAUUCAGUUCAGCCAGCCUUGGCGCUUCUGUGUCUUCUAUACCUCAUAUCCCAGGACCACCUCUCCCUUUGCUGGAUACUCUGCUCAAGAAUUGACCAAGCUGUGCGGCUGCGUUAGCGGAAACGUCGUCUCAACUUUUUCCAAGAAGACUAUGACAUCUACCAAAAGCACAAGCCGUACGGGUAAACCAGUCUCGAAGGCUUCAUCCUCAAGUAAAUUCAGCAGUACCUUGGUCAAACCGGUCACCAAAGUCUCAUCUUUGUCGAAGCUUUCAAGCAGCUCGAUUAAGCCCAUCUCCAGACCUUCAUCCACGUCAAGCAAACUUACAAGCAGCUCUUCAAAGCCUAUCUCGAAGGCUUCAUCAUCGAGCAAGGCUAGAAGCACCUCGGUCAAACCGAUUACGAAGGCCUCAUCUUCGUCACGGCUCCUGAGCAGCUCAAUAAAGCCUAUUUCCAAAACCUUCUCCUCGUCAAGCAAACUUAGAAGCAGCUCUUCAAGGCUUGUGUCCAAGACUACAUCCUCGAGCAAGGCCGCCACCAAGUCGACCCUCAGCAAGUCCUCAAGUGGGACUCACUCGACGUCGACACCGAAAUCGUCUAGUAGCAGUCAAGCUCAGCACCAUCUCAAGCCAGAGACCGUUGAGCAGCACCUCUUCCACCACAUUCAGGUCUUCCGUUCCGGCAGCUUCUAG